UAGAACAGUGUAUGCAAGUUUCACUUAGCGAGCUCAAAAUACAAAACGCAACUGAAUAGAAAUAUACCAUUUGCAAGCGAAUAUUCGAAUUAUUGAAACUUGACAAAUGGCUGACGUGGACGUGAAGGAGGUGGGCUUGAUAGAUACUCCCGAUGCUAUCAAGGAAAAGAGAACCCAGCUUUUGGGAAAGUUUGACGAUUUCAAAGAUGCUGCGAAGGCGCGUAGACAGCUUCUGGAAGAUGCAAAGGAGUUCCAUAUCUUCAAACGAGAUGCUGACGAGUUAAAAGCGUGGUUGCAGGAGAAGAUAGAUUCUCUGAAAGAAGAAGUUCUCGAUGCUUCAAAUGUUGAGGGAAAGUCAGAGAAAGUGGAAGCCUUGGAAGCGGAGAAGGCAGCAGCAUUGAAAACUCUUGAUGAGCUGUAUGCGAAGGGUAAUGACAUGGUCAACAGAGACCACUACGCAAAAGAACAAAUCCAGAAAAUUCUGGAUGAACUGCAACACUUGUAUGACCAACUGAACCUGAAGUUGGUUGACAGAAAGGAUAAAAUUGUCAAUGCAAAAUCUCUCACAGAAUACUUCCGACUGUGCGAUGAAGCCCAAAUGUGGAUAGUAGACAAGAAACAACUAAUCCGAAACUUGAUCGACGAUGUCUCCGCCAAUAUCGACCACGUGCAGUUGUGUGAGAGGAAGUAUGAGGACUUCACCUCCAAGGACAAAAUGGCAUUCGAGCCCAAGAUGGCGGAAGUGACUGAGAAAGCAGAUGAACUCACCAAGCACCCAGAGUACGAAAGGGUGAAAGAGCGACACGAGGAAGUAUACUCACACUGGGAAGAACUGAAAGUGAUCUGCGACGAGGCAGAAGAGAGGAUCUUUGGAGCCAAAGAGAUCCAGAAGUUCUUUAAAGACGCUUCAGACAUGACUGAGUUCCUGAACGAAAAAAGAGCUCAAGUCUCCAUCGAUGACUAUGGACGAGAUCUGCCGAGUGUCCAGGCACUGCAGCGACGUCACGAGAACUUAGAGCGCGAUUUGACGGCUCUGAACGAGAACAGCUACACGUACAAGGUGAAGAAUAUUUGUGAGCGAGCGGACACUCUGGCUGGUAAAUAUGGAGACUAUUCGGACGAGAUUCUCGAGAAAAAAAUGUCGAUUAAUGACAUCUGGGCUAAACUGCAGGCGGAGGCGACAGACAGGAAGAAUAAGUUGAAUGCGGCGCAUGAUAUGUUUCUGUUCUUGGGGGAGCACACUGACUUGAUGCAGUGGAUUAAGGAGAAGACGACGCUGUUGAAGAGUGACGAGUUGGCUACUGAUGUUCCAGGGGCGGAGCAGUUGAUUAACAGACACAAUGAGCACAAGGCUGAGCUGUUGGCGGAGGAAGAUUCAUUCACGCGAUGUGAAGACUUGGGCAACAAACUCAUAGAGGCCGAGCACCCCAACUCGGACUCCAUCAAGGACAAACUGGCCGAGUUGGCGCGGGAGAAGGCGGCCCUGUUUGCCCUGUGGGACGAGAGGAAGUUGAUCUACUCGCAGUGCAUUGAGUACCAGAUAUUCUGCAGAGACGUGGAACAGACGGAGGCCUGGUUGGCCAAACAGGAGGCCUUCCUGGACAACGAUGACCUGGGUGACUCUGUGGAUGGAGUGGAGGCCCUGCUGAAGAAACAUGAGGACUUCGAGAAGAGUCUGUCUGCUCAGGAGGAGAAAGUGAACACUUUGAGUGACUUUGCCAACCAGUUGAUUGACACUCAGCCUCCACACUACGCUACAGAUGACAUCACUAAGAGACGAGACGCACUGGUGAACCGACGUAAAACUUUGCAUGAGAAGAUGCAGAGUAGACGCACUCUUCUGGAGCUGUCCUUCAGAUACCAGCAGUUCGAAAGAGACGCUUACGAGAUCAAAACGUGGAUCAACGAGCGCUUCAAGACAGUCAGAGACGAGAGUGCCUACAGGGACCCCACCAACCUCCAAGGCAAGCUGCAGAAGCACCAUGCAUUCACAAGUGAGAUCGAGUCCAACAAGGCCAGGAUUGAUGGAGUGUUGGCUACUGGACAGCAGAUGAUUAACGAAGAUCAUUUCCAGAGCGACGACGAAUUUAUCUCAAAGAUCCAUGACCGAAACCAGGAACUGAAAUCGGAGUUCGGGCAGUUGGAAGAUGAGACGAGACAAAAGGAGGUGUUGAUUGUGGCGGCGAUUGACGCCCAGGCAUACUACAGAGGAGUGGAGGAUCUGGAGUUGUGGAUGAGUGAGAUCGAGGCACACUUGGCCAGUGAUGACUACGGCAAGGACCUGGCAUCUUGUCAUAACCUGAUUAAGAAGCACCAGCUGCUGGAGGUGGAUGUGCAACAGCACAGAGACAGAGUAGAGGGUGUGUACAGACAGUGCAAGAAGUUCACGGAGGCCAAACACUUCGACACUCCCAACAUCAAGCACAAGCAGGAGGAAGUUCAGAGGAGAUAUGUCGACCUCAGGGAUCCGAUGAAAAAACGAAAGGCGAAGCUGGAAGACGCCAUGAGACUGCACCAGCUGUUCCGGGACAUUGAAGACGAGGAGUCCUGGAUUCGAGAGAAGGAGCCGGUAGCCCAGAGCCAGGCCAGAGGAAAGGACUUGAUCGGGGCCCAGAAGUUGCUGAAGAAACACCACGCGCUCAUUGCAGAGAUAGAUGCUCACGAAGACAGUCUGAACAAGGUUGUGCAAACAGCUAAAGACAUGAUGGGCGAAGAGCAUUUCGCAGCCGAGGAGAUCCAGAACAAGAUCGAUGACGUCACAGCCAUGUGGGACAAGCUGAAGGAGAGGAGCAACGCCCGACUUGACGAUCUCCAGGAUGCCUUGGAGGCACAGGAGUACCUGCUGGAUGCUAAUGAAGCCAGUGCCUGGAUGAAUGAGAAGCUACCCUUGGUGGCACCGACCGGAAAGUACGGAAAGAACCAGGAUGCCAUCAACUCUGCUGUGAAGAAGCACCAGAACCUGAUGAAGGACAUAGACAGCUACAAGAAGGUGAUAGACAACCUGGCCCAGAAGGCACAGGAGUGCAAGGCGCCAGACAAGGAGGUCACCGAUGUGGUGGAUCUGGAGUGUGCCACGGUGGUGUACGACUAUCUGGAGAAGAACCCGAGGGAGUUGUCAGUCAAGAAGGGAGAGACCGUCACUAUCCUCUCCACGCCAACAAGGGACUGGUACAAGGUGGAGAAUCAGGAGGGCAAGCAGGGCUUCGUGCCGGCCAAUCACCUGAAGAGGGCAGAGCCAGUGGUGAAGAGCAGCCAGGAGAGACUGGCGGAGGAGGCGAGGACGGUGUCCGACCGACAGAAACAGAUUGAGAACCAGUACGGCGACCUCAAGGGGGCAGCAGAGAAGAAGGAGCGUGCUCUGAAGUUGAGGACCGAACUAUACGGACUGAAGGGAGAGUCGAAGAACCUCCUGAUGUGGACUUCCAAGAAGAACCACAACAAACUACUCGACCAAGUGGACAAUGUAUUGACUGCUGAAGACGAGGAUCUGGACAAGAUAGACGAGUUGUCCUCUAAAUUUAACAAUCUGCAGAAUGAUGUAGAGAACAGCAAGAAGAAGUUAGAUGAAAACAAGAACAAGUACGAGGAACUCAAAGCACAGUUGGACGAUGACGAAGAGGUGCCUGAAGAUCUGCUCACUGAGGACAUGGAGCAUGCAGUGGAGGCAGUGUCCUAUCUGCAGAACAAAGUGUUCGACAAGAGCAGCCAACUCGGAUCCGCGCACGAAGUCAAAAACUACAUCAGGGAGUCGGACCUUGUGUUGGAGAGAAUAAGUGAGAAAGACAAGGCGAUCAAAGAGGGCUACUAUGGCAACGAUCUUCCAUCUGUGCAGGCACUGAGCAGGAAACACGAGGCGUUCCAGAAGGACCUCGUGCCGCUGGAGGAGAGUGUGAAGAACUUGGACGACAGACACACCAAGUUGAUUGACACUCAUCCUGACCAGACUGAUGAAAUACAGGAGAAACAGAAAGAAGUGAAUGAGGCGUGGGAGGCGCUGAAGAACAAGAGCGACAAACACGCAGCCGGACUUCUGGAGGCCUACGAGUACCAGAAGUACCUGGCCCAGUACAGGGACACCAUGGCGUGGAUAAACGGCAUGAAACAACUGGCUGGAUCGGACGAACUCGGAAAAGACGUCAACAGCUGUGAGGCUCUAAUUGAACGACAUGACGACUUGAAGAACGAAUUGGAAGCCAAAGUGCCUCAGUUUGAUGCGUUCUACAAUCUGGCUGAUGAUCUGGUCAACGACAAGCACCCCGAAUCAGAGGAGAUCAAGAGGAUGAAAGAUGAGGUGAAGAAGGCAUUGGCUGAUUUGGACGAAGUCUAUGAAGAGCGACAGACGAAACUGGAGGCUAACAAACAACACCAGCAGUUCUUGAGGGACUUCAACCAGAACUCGGCCUGGAUGAAUAACAGGGAGAAGACUCUGGGCCAAGACGACGAUGAUGUGGACUCUGUGAUGAAGAAGCACGAAGACUUCGACAAGUUGAUCAACAACCAGGAAGAGAAGAUAGCAGCUUUGACCAAAUUUGCAGAGGAAUUGGGACCCGAUCAUUAUGCGUCUCCAGAUAUUGAAGCGAAGAAGGAGGACAUGAUUAAACGAUGGGAGCACUUGAAGGAAGCUCUGGUCCAGAAACGAUCUCAACUGGGAGAAUCCCAGACAAUCCAGGAGCUGGUGCGAGAUGCGGAUGACAUUGAGUCGUACAUCCAGGAGAAGAUGGUAGUCGCGAACCAAGACGACUCGAAUGACGGCAGGAAUAUCCCGAGCAAGCACCAGAAGCAACUGGCGUUCGAAGCGGAGUUGGCGGCUAAUGCGGAGAGGAUCCAAGCUACUCUCUCUGUAGGAAAAGCUCUUCUGGACUCGAAGAAGGUGCAGGGUGAGGAGGAGAAGGAGAUAGCAGCCAAACUGGCCAAGAUCACGGAGCAGUAUGAGUUCCUGGUGCAGAAGACCACCCAGAAGACUGCCAGACUGAAGGAGGCCAACCGGCAGAGACUCUACUACACUGCAUACAAGGACUUCGACUUCUGGCUCAGCGAGGUGGAGAGUCAGCUGAAGAUGGAGGAGAAGAGCAAUGACCUGAGUACAGUGCAGAACCAGAGGAAGAAGCACCAACUGCUGGAGGACGAUGUGGCCGCACACGCAGACAGACUCGUGCAGCUAAACGAGCUGGCCGAGGAGUGCAUGGCGUCGCCCCAAUUUGACCCCGUAGAGAUUGAGCAGAAGAGGUCCAACAUCAACGACCGAUUCGGAGUAGUGUCUGACAUGACUAAGGACAGGAGGAAGCAGUUGGAUGAUGCGUUCAAGUACCACCAGCUGUUGAGGGACAUCUCGGAGGAGGAGACCUGGAUUAGGGAGAAGAAGAUCUUGGUCCAGUCUCAAGACUACGGAAAGGACCUCACAGGUGUGCAUAAUCUGAUGAAGAAGCACAAGCGUAUAGAAAAUGAGAUCCAGAGCCACGAGAAGAGGAUAGAGGCGGUGAAGCCGAUUGCGGAUGAAAUUGUGAAGGAGCAGACCACUGGAUGGGAGACAGUGCCUGGAAGGAUUGAACAGCUGGACCAGGCAUGGAGUGAACUACUCGAGUGCUCCAAACAGAGAGUUGACAUGUUGAAUGAGUCGCAACGCUUCUACGAGUUCAUCCGAGACGUGGAAGAGGAGGAGUCUUGGAUCUCGGAGAAGCAGUCGCUGAUGAGUAGCAACGACUUCGGAGACACUCUAGCGUCUGUACAGGGACUGAUCAAGAAACACACUGCAUUCGACAUGGAUGUAGUGUCCCACACUGACAAGGCUAAUCUGCUGGAAGUGAGGGGAAAUCAGCUGAUUGAAGAAAAGAAUUUGCAAUCUGACAAGGUUGCAGAGAAACUGCAGCACCUGAAGGACAUGUUGGAGGAGCUGAGACGUCUGGCGGGUAUCCGACGGGAGAACUUGAAGGAGAACAGUGCCCUGCUGCAGUUCACGUGGAAGGCGGAUGUUGUUGAGUCGUGGGUGAAUGAGAAACAGAGUCUGGUGCAGAGCAAUGCAGGUGGCGAUGUUGAGGAGGCGAAGGAUCUCUCGGCUGUCCAGGACAUGCUUCAUCGACAGGAGACAUUUGAGGCUGGACUGACGGCCUUCCAGGCAGAGGGUAUAGUGCCCAUUGGAAAGCUAAGAGAUACCUUGGUGAAUGCUGGACACAUCUCCAAGAACGAGAUAGACCAGAGAUACAAGUCACUCCUCGACAGGUGGCACGAACUUCAGAAGAGGUCAAAUGACAGAAGGGAUCUGCUGGACAAGAAGCUGAGACACUUCCAGGCGGUGGAGGACAAGUUCCUCCUCUUCGCCAAGAAGGCCUCCUCUUUCAACUCCUGGUUCGAGAAUGCAGAGGAGGAUCUCUCAGACCCCGUCAAGUGCAACUCUAUCGACGAAAUCAAGGCAUUGGAGCAUGCACACAAUGUGUUUGUGGACUCCCUGAAACAGGCGGAGGAGGACUUGGAGUCCCUGAGGGUGCUGGAUGCGGAGAUUAAGGCGGGAGGAGCCACAGUCAACCCCUACACCUGGUUCACCAUGCAGGCUCUAGACGAGACGUGGGAUAACUUGAAGAAGAUAGUUUCUAAGAGGGAGCUGGAGCUGAAGGAGGAACAUAGAAAACAAGUCCACAAUGACGAACUCAGACAGAAGUUCGCGAGGGAGGCCAACGCAUUCCACGACUGGCUCACAGACACCAGAGUCAAGGUGAUGGAAGAGACUGGAAGUCUGGAACAGCAAUUGGAAUCACUCAAGAAGAUAACACUAGAAGUGAAGAGCUGGAGGAACAAACUCAAGUCUAUCGAGACCAUCGGCAACGAAAUGGGCAUGCACAUCAUCCUAGACAACCGAUACACGGAACACAGUACUGUAGGACUACAUCAACAGUGGGACCAGCUGGAACAACUGUGUCAGAGAAUGCAACAGAAUCUGGAACAGCAGAUCCAGGCCAAGGAGACCUCGGGAGUGUCGGAGACCCAGUUGAGAGACUUCUCUUUGAUGUUCCGGCAUCACGACAAGGAGAGAACUGGGCGGCUGAAUCACGCCGACUUCAAGAAAUGUCUGAGAUCCCUGGGGUACGAUCUGCCCAUGUUCGAAGAGGGCCAGAUUGACAAUGAGUUCGAAGCUAUCUUGGACAUCGUCGAUCGAAACAGGGAUGGUUUCGUCACCCUGCAAGAGUACAUGCAGUUCAUGAUCAGUCGAGAAACUGAGAAUGUGCAGUCAAAGGGAGACAUCGAAGAGGCCUUCCGAACUCUCUCCCCUGAUGGCAACAUGUACAUCACCCAGAUCGAGAUCACCCAGGCACUGGACAAAGAGACGGCAGAUUUCUGUAUCGCUAACAUGAAGGCAUACAUCGACAUGAAUAACAUUGAGAUGCCAGGUACGUAUGACUACGUGGAGUUCUGCAACCGACUCUUCCAGAAGUAGAAACUUCCCUAGCGGAACAAUCACAACAAACAAAGCGAUAAUAAUGAUUAUGGAAUGCAUGCAAAAACAGCAAACUCAUCGAACAAAAUCAAGCGUGAAUGAGCAACGAACGAACUCAAACAUAAAGACUUGAACUUAUUUUAAUUUGAAAGAGCAACUUCAAAAAUGAAGAUUUACACAAGCAUGUCCGAGAAAUUUAAAAACAACUCAAAGAAAAACCAAAACUUAAUAAAAAAUGAAACUUCAAAAUACAGCUCUUGGCGUAUAAAUGGGUUUUUAUUGUUAUACCUGCUUCGAUUCUGUUUUUCUUCUAGAUUGCUGAAUUGAAAUCUUUCUUGUACACAAAAAUGGACUUGCGAUGCAUGAUUUGAUUGAUUUGGAAGAGCUAAAAAAAGAGAAAGGAGAGUUUUUACUUUCAUUUUAAGGGUUGAGUUAAAUUAAGUGAUGGAAUGGGUUGAUGAUGCUCGUGAAUCUAAAUGAAAAUGUGUUUAGUUUUACCAUAAAACUUUUAAAAAUCUUUCAUGAAUUUUCAGUUGGCAGCGGUGAUUUAAGAUAAUUUUAAUUCGAUGUGUUGUUGUUUGGACUAAUUAUUAGUGAAGUGAAAUCAUAAUCGUGUAAGAUGGCCUCAAGGUUAAGCAUUGAAAUUGCGAAAUACUCCUUAGAUUGAAGGUACUAUGUUUUAUACUACUCAGACCGACUGACUGACUUGCGAACUGACUCAACCUCCAGAACUUUCAAAAUAAAUGUUGAUGUUAACUGACUGUUACUCACUCAAAUUCAUAAGCAUGUGCUGUUAGCGCUAUUAAAUAAUUAAAUUUAAUUCAUAAUUUCAUUAUCGUGGGAGCAGUGAAUAUGUUAACUGAUUUUGUACACGAAAAAAUUGAUAUCGAUACUUCGAAAAUUUGCAUUUUUAAUGUAAUAACUGACUGAUAAACCGACCCUGGGACAAUUCAAGACUGACUCCUUAAA